GCCAUCUCCCUUCUCGUCUCUUAUUUACUUGUCUAUAUCCUUGUCAUUUUCGUUAUGGACUGUUGAAGCUUUCUGUAUCUCAAUUGUGACGGUGGUAUCUGGAAUGCAGGGCUGAGGGGUUAGUGUUGCGGUCGACUUGAUGAACUACCAAACUAUCAAUAUGCCGGACAACGCCUCUAAAGGUGCUCAAUCGGUGAAUACGGCGACUGGGGAUGGAUCACGCUUCCGAGAUUCCGACGAUUAUACUGGCGAGAGGUUAGAUAAUGCCGAUGCUGGGUUUCUCUCGACCUCUGUACCGGAACGCUCGCCGGUCACCUCCGCCCAGAGCUUUACACCCAGAUCCCUUCUAGUUGGCCUCAUUAUCGGCGCCCUCAUCACAUUUUCGAACACAUACUUUGGGUUGCAAACAGGAUGGAUUAGUACAAUGGCAAUGCCGUCGGCAUUGAUAGGAUUUUCGGUCUUCAAAGUGCUCUCUAAGCAUCUUUCUUAUCCGUUUACCCCCAUCGAGAAUGUCCUCAUUCAGACGGUGGCAGGGGCGGUUGGAACAAUGCCACUAGGCUGUGGCUUCGUUGGUGUUAUACCUGCCUUGGAGUUUCUUAUAAGGGACGGUGAAGACGGGCCCUCUGGCGACGGAGGCGUUGGAGAGGGUGGACCGCUGAAACUAAGUUUCUGGAAGCUGGUUAUCUGGAGUCUUGGGGUAUGCUUGUUCGGUGUUGUAUUUGCCGUUCCCUUGCGAAAAGAGGUCAUUGUUCGCGAGAAGCUCAAGUUUCCUAGCGGUACAGCAUCAGCGUUGAUGCUGAGAGUCCUUCAUGGAAGCGGACAGAGUGAUGAGAAAGGAAAGGGCAGGGUGAGUGAUGAUAUGGGUGUGGGGAGAGAUGAAGAGGAGGAGGCGCCUAUUCUUUCUCGUGUAUCUGAGGAGAGCGGUGCCUUACUGAGGAAACCUACCUUGGAAGAGGAGAACAGUGACAAAAAAGAUUGGAGGUCGAAGAUGCGCCUCUUGGUUGGCGCGUUCGCAGUCUCUGGUGUUUAUACGUUGUUUUCAUACUUUGUCCCUCAAGUUCGUGAUAUUCCCAUUUUCGGACUUUCGUUAGCGCAAAAUUGGCUAUGGACUCUCAAUCCAUCGCCAGCAUAUGUUGGGCAAGGAAUUAUCAUGGGGCCUUCGACCUGUAUGCAUAUGCUCUUUGGUGCUGUUUUAGGUUGGGGUAUUUUGUCCCCAUUUGCCAAGGCCCGCGGUUGGGCUCCUGGUCCUGUGGACAGCUGGGAUGACGGAAGCAAGGCCUGGAUUGUAUGGGUUUCUCUAGCCAUUAUGCUCGCUGACUCGGUCGUUAGCCUCGGCUGGCUAGUGCUCAAACCAGCUGUAAAGAAUGCCCCCAAACUGAAGGCCAAGCUCCUCUCUAGUCGUCUUUGGCGCCGGAUUUCCCCGCAAGGCGCAGGGGAAUCUCAUCGCCAUGAUUAUAUCAGCUAUUCGGCAUUGAGCCCCAUCUCUGAAGAAUCCUCUAUGCCAAGCCACCCCCCUGCUUUGCUAGCAGGAAGGCGCGCUGGAGCUACUGAUGAGGAAGAUGCCCCUCCAUCUCAACUUAUCUCCACAAGAACAGUGAUCAUCUUGCUGCCUCUGACACUGAUAUUGAACGUUGUUUGCAUGCACUUCGUCUUUGGUGAUGUCAUGUCCCCAUUGCUUUCCAGCCUUGCAACGCUGCUGGCUGUUCUUCUAUCUAUAAUGGGUGUCCGUGCCCUCGGCGAGACGGACCUGAACCCGGUAUCUGGGAUUAGUAAACUAACGCAACUGCUUUUCUCUCUCGCAACUCCCGCCUCCCACUUUUCCCGGCGCACUGCAUUAGUCACCAACCUUCUUGCUGGCGCAGUAUCCGAGUCCGGUGCCCUACAGGCCGGCGAUAUGAUGCAAGACUUGAAGACAGGCCACUUACUGGGUGCAAGCCCAAAGGCCCAGUUCUACGGCCAGAUGAUCGGCAGUCUAGUCGGCGCCGUGUUAUCAACAGCAGUAUACAAGAUGUACGUGAACGUCUACGAGGUCCCGGGUCCCAUGUUUCAGACCCCAACAGCAUACGUCUGGAUUUUCACAGCCCGCCUGGUCACAGGUCAAGGUCUCCCCCCAAUGGCAUGGGAAGCCGCCUCGAUAGCCGGAGCAGUUUUCGUGGUCAUCACUAUUGUGCGUAUGGUCGGUACGUCCAGCAUCGCCAACGGCGGCAAACGCGACGCCACAGCCUGGUGGCGAUCAUAUAUUCCAGGCGGUAUCGCCGUCGCCGUCGGCAUCUUCAACGUCCCCUCAUUUACCCUUGCUAGAGCUAUUGGCGGACUGAUCGCCUGGUGGUGGUCUCGAAAGCACGCCAAGGCUCAGGACCUUGAACCUCCCACUCAAUUAGCCAACGAGGGAGAGCCCCAGGGCGCAGAUACCAGAAAUCCCGCGGCAGGACCCGCGCCCGGACACAUUAUCAAAGACGCUGAUGCGGCGUCCUCAACUGUCGUGGUUCUGGCGUCUGGUUUGAUCCUAGGAGAAGGUAUAAUUAGCAUCGUUAAUCUUCUUCUGGCAAGUGGAGGAGUUCCACACCUUUAGAUUAGAUAACGACCAUUUCUCUGGGAGUAUGAUUUAUAUCUUCCGUUGCUUUGACAGUGGCAUGAAUACAAGCAUAUCAUUGCAACUGCAUGUUAGUUUUGAGCGGGCAGACUUUGUACUACUUUGAUUUUGUGGAUUUUGAAAAGUACGGGUUUAUUUUACAUCACAUAGAUACACUAGAUACUUGUGGUCCUUGUGCAGGGUGAAAGGACUGAGCGAAGGGCUAUGAACUACAUUAGCAAGGGGUACUAUACGAUUAUACACUGUUAUUAUUCUCCUUUAUUUUCGGGCUCUUUAUUUGACAUCAACACAGAUAUUAGAGAGCAUAUACCAUCAUGGUUCACUGUUCGGUUUGAAUGGAUAAAAUGCAACGUGGACAUCGGAGAAAGAUUAAAGCAGGUAAAAUAUAUUGUAGUAAAGAAAUAGGGUAAUCACAUAAAGUAAUCCAAAAAUCUCUGGUUUCAUGAUUCAAUAGAAAGAAAUCUUACAAAGUUGGGUAUAUUCCGUCAGGUGAGAUAUGUGCAGGCACUUGGCAGUGAAGGAAGAGACGGAAGAGAACACAGACAAAUCCUCAUGAAAGUGGUCUGCGAAUGAGACGGAAGGGUCAUACAGAAUAUAAGUUAAAGCAGGUGGUAG